UCCGUGCCACCGCUCCCCUUCCCGGCCCCAAACCGGGGAGCUCGGCACCGCUCCCCUGAGGGCCGCAGCCGCCCCCGGGGGCCGUUGCCCCGCCGCCAUCUCCUGCCACCCCCCCUCAGAGAAGGCGGCGGCUGGCGGCGGGCCAGCGGCGCUGCGGGUAUUAAUAGGGGAGCCCCGGGGCCAAGCUCCGGUCCCGGCUGCAGCGAGGAGCAGGAGGGCUCGGCACGGAGGGAGGCUGGAGGAGAUGGAGGUUGGUAUUUGCAAACAGGAUAUGCUCCAGAAGAAAAAGAAUGCUGUCUUGGUGGAUGGGGUCAUCCUAAAUGGUCCAAUAAUGGACUCAAAAGCAGGAGAGAAGUUUGUGGAAGAGGCCUGUAAGAUUAUCAUGGAAGAAGUGAUCCAGAAAGCUAAUGAUGUCACAGAAAAGGUUUGUGAAUGGCGGGCCCCGGAAACACUGAAGAAGAUUCUUGAUCUGGAAAUGAGAGACACUGGAGAAUCUCAUCAGAAACUCUUGCAACUCUGCCAGGAUGUUAUACAAUACAGCGUCAAAACCAGUCAUCCAAGAUUUUUCAAUCAGCUGUAUGCUGGAAUAGAUUAUUACUCAUUAGUGGCUCGUUUCAUUACCGAAGCAUUGAACCCAAGUGUAUAUACAUAUGAAGUAUCCCCCGUGUUUCUGUUAGUGGAAGAGACAGUCAUCAAGAAAAUGAUUGAGUUCAUAGGCUGGGAAGAAGGUGAUGGCAUAUUUAAUCCAGGUGGCUCUGUUUCUAAUAUGUAUGCUAUGAACUUGGCAAGAUACAAGUUUUGUCCUGAGAUAAAAGAAAAAGGGCUUUCAGGUUUGCCAAGACUAGUCCUGUUCACUUCAGAAGAGUGUCACUACUCCAUGAAGAAGGCAGCCUCUUUUCUGGGUAUUGGUACAGAGAAUGUUUACUUCAUCAAAACAGAUGAAAGAGGUAAGAUGAUACCUGAGGAACUGGAGAAACAAGUCCAGCGGGCCAGGAAAGAGGGGUCAGCACCAUUUCUUGUCUGUGCUACUGCAGGCACAACAGUGCUGGGAGCAUUUGAUCCUCUGGAUGAAAUUGCUGAUAUCUGUGAAAAGCAUGGCCUCUGGCUUCAUGUAGACGCUUCUUGGGGUGGCUCAGCUUUGAUAUCAAGGAAGCACUGUAGACUUCUUCAUGGCAUCCACAGGGCUGAUUCUGUUGCUUGGAAUCCCCAUAAAAUGCUGUUGGCUGGAAUCCAGUGCUGUGCUCUUCUGGUGAAAGACAACUCUGGCCUCCUGAAGAAGUGUUACUCUGCCAAGGCUGCGUACCUGUUCCAGCAGGACAAGUUCUACGAUGUCAGCUAUGACACUGGUGACAAGUCCAUUCAGUGCAGCAGGCGUCCGGAUGCAUUCAAAUUCUGGCUGAUGUGGAAGGCGCUGGGAACCACAGGCCUCGAGGAGAGAGUGAACAGGGCACUGGCUUUGGCUAGAUAUCUAGUGGAGGAAAUUAAGAAAAGAGAGGGAUUCCAGCUUCUUCUGGAGCCGGAGUAUGCAAAUGUUUGCUUUUGGUACAUUCCACCGAGUUUAAGAAAAAUGGAGGAUGGACCUGAAUUUUGGCAGAAGCUACAUGAGGUUGCUCCAAUAAUUAAGGAAAGAAUGAUGAAGAAGGGCAGCAUGAUGCUUGGGUACCAGCCUCACCGGGGCAAAGUCAACUUCUUCCGCCAGGUGGUGAUCAGCCCACAAGUGAGUCGAGAGGACAUGGACUUCUUGCUGGAUGAAAUUGAACUGCUCGCUAAGGACUUGUAGCUGUAGCUCUUCAGCACCAGGCGCUGCUCAUGUGUGAUAUUUAUGGACAGAGAAUGGCAGCAGCAUCCUGGUGCUAUUUUGUGAAAGGUAGUAAAAAGCUUGACAUAUAGGUUGGAAACCGUUGUUUAACAUAGUGAUGUUCAGAGAGCUUUGCAGGUAGAAUACCUCUUCACACAAAAGUAUUUGCUGAUGGGGGCUGAGACAGACCAGUGCUUGCAGCACCACCACCAUUCUGGGAAGUGUUUCCUUGGGGGAACACUUCUGAAAAUGGUGUCCGUGUCCCAAGGAGGGCAGCUGUUUAUGGGGUGCCUGUGCACAGUGUAGCUCAAAGUGAUCGCUUAUAUAUACAGGCAAUACUCCUCUUGAGUUACUGGUAGUAGUGAAUUUAGCUCAAUGAGCUUUAAAAUGCUAGUUAGUUCUCUGUCUACUCUGUCAAAACUGUAUUUUGGUAUGUGUUUAGGGGUAGAGGCCUAGUUGGUAUUUACAGAAAGACUGGAAAUCAUGAACUUAAGGAGUUCCUCAGGGCCCCUUAUUAGGUGAGUUGCCCAGAUUUUCCACUGUGAGCACCAUCAGGCAAUAGAACAAGGGCCUGGCAGGGUUGUGCAGUCACCGUCCUUGGAGAUUUGCAGGGUCUGGCUGGACAAAGCCCCAAAAAGUCAACAUUGACCCUGCUUUUAGCAGGUAGAACUAGAUGACCUUCUAAGGUCCCUUCCAACCUAAAUGAUUUUUUGAUUCUGUGAAGUCAAAUGAUUAGGCCUGGUCAGUGUUUGCCAACGUUGCCCACACAAAACAUCACCAGUGCUACAGCAGUGCUGAGAAUAUAGGAAAGGUGUCUUAGAAAUACUUAACUCUUUGGUAACAGGAGUUACCUGUAAUUUCGGAACUGUUGUUCAUCUUCCUCUAUUUUUAAAGCAUAAAUAUUUAUUUAACAGAUUUAGAUGCGCUUUAAAAUUAUUGCAGAGAAAAAAAAAAGCAUAUUUACCUGAAAGAUGUGUAUUUUUAAGCAUAGUAACUGUAUGUUAAGAAUGUAGCAAAAAUACGUAUUUGUCAUUGUCUGUCUAUAUUUGCCUACAGAUUUUAGGUGACUUGGUUUUAUGUUAUGAGUGUAUAAUUUAUAUUUUGGCACUGAAAUUAAGGUGGCAGUGAUCAGUGAAAGCCUGAUUGUUCUUAGGAUGGGAACUACCAAAGUAUUUCUGGUCAACCUUAAGAUGCAAAAUGAGGUUCUAAACUUUGUCUUCAUGUUAAGAAUUAUAGUAUACUUCUGAUUUGUUUUCAUUCUAGCUAUAAAAUAAUCAAUUUUGUGAAGACAAAAAUUUAUUUCUUGGGGUAAAGUUCUUGCAGCAGAUUAAUUGAAAUAACACUGUAUUUCACACUGUAAUCAACACCUACUUACCUUAGUGUUUUAAUGGUUGUUCCCUAUCCUGUAUUCGAGGUAACACCGACCAAUAUGAACCUUUCUGCUAUAACAUUUUCUGUAUUGCUGAAAGUUGUCUUUAAACACAAUGCUUUUAUGUUUUCAAUUCCUACAUUGUACUAGGAUCCAAAAUUGCGUGACAUUCCUACUUCCAAUCUCCAGGAUGAUGGUAUAGAAAGUUUAGAAAAGGUCACGAUAACCAAGGAGGUCACAAUAUCAAAGCAGUAGAUAAGAGGAAGAAUCAAAUCUGCAGAACUUGACGGAUGUCUUUAACAGUGUCCUGGAAGUGAAUUUUCUUGUGCUACUCUAGGGAGUCAUUGGAUUUCAAACCAAACCCCGUGUUGAUAUUAACAUGAAAAUAAAUGGCAGAAUAUGGCCCCUGGAUUCUGCCCUGUAAUAUGUGCAGAAUACUUUUUUAUUACUUUGUGCUUUUGGGUUUACCAGUUAUCAUGAUUUUGGAAAACAUUUCACUAAUUUCAGGGCCCAUAAAGCUUAUUUAGCCUCCCAGCCAGUUGCAGAGUGUGGCAAGGGGUGCUGAAUGGAUGCAAUGACUUGGCUUUUGCUUCUUAUGGUGGAUAGGACUGCUAACCCUCCUCCUUUUCUUUUUCGUCCUUGAAGUGAAAGACAUGAUAGUGUCAGGAUUUUUUGAUUAUGAUCCGGAAUCUUGGUGAGUACUUAAUUUUUGAUUCAGGGGAAGCUAUGUCACCUUCCAUCAGCGAAGAAUUUGACCUGUGGUGUUUUUUUGAUGACACUACUGUCAAAAAAGUGUUGUCUCUCUUCAUGUUAGUGCAUUUCUCUGUGCAGAUACUGUAGUGGCUGCAGUUCUUUUUUAAAUGAGAGAACUUUUUCAAUGUUUGCAGAAAGUGUGUCUCAAGCCAACAUGUGGGCUGAUGUCUUUGAAGGUGUAGUUUAACCUUCCAGUGUGAUGUGAGUACUUCAUCUGAUCUCUAUAUAUUUUCUAUUGUUUCUGACCCUUUAACACAUCCAAUGUGCGCGAUAUGGUGGUCUCAUUUCAGGACUAAUGUAAUUUUUUCAUAGCUGCUUAUUUAGAACUGGUAUGUACAAAACGUGUAUUUUGUAGCUAAUCGUUUUAAUAAAAAGUGAAGUAAAUGAUACCCAUAAAAA